UUGUUUAUUGUAUGAGAAAAUUGAUUAACCAAUCCACCAAGGAAUGGAAAUUUCAAACAACUAUAUUAUUAUUAGACUUGGGAUAACCCUAAUAAGACUUGCCACAUAGUAAUAUUUGAAAUUUUGAUACAAGUAGAAGCUUCUGUCAAGAAAAUUUCAACAUAAACUUCCUCUAUAAAUUUACAUCUCAUUGGACACAAAGUAUACAUUCUCUGCUUCAUAUUCUCCUCUCUCCUCACAAAAAAAAAAAACAAUUUUUUUUUGGCUUAAUCAGAGAAGAUGGCUUUCUCCAAAUAUAGUGUUUAUUUAUCUCUUCUUUUGGUUUUACUGCCAAUGUUAGCUGCAGAAGAGGAUAAUAUUCCUCCUGUUUUUGCUCCCUACUUUGACAAUAUAUGCAAAGAUGUUGAGUGUGGGAAAGGAAGUUGUGAGAAAGCACCAGGAAAGCCAUUCAGCUUCAUUUGUAAAUGUGAAGGAGGUUGGAAGCGUACUCACCAUGAUGAUGACGAUGAUGAAGAUGAUCUUGAAUUCCUCCCUUGCAUUGUCCCCAAGUGUUCUGUUGAUUAUUCUUGCUUGCCAGCACCUCCACCAGCUCCACCAAUUCCACACAACAUGUCUUUCUUUGAUCCUUGCUAUUGGAUUUACUGUGGAGAAGGGACAUGCAACAAGAAUACAACGCAUGGACAAACAUGCCAGUGCAAAUAUGGUUAUUCCAAUCUCCUGGGCAUUGAUUCUUUCCCUUGCUUCAAUGAUUGUGCCAUUGGAGCUGAUUGCCAAAGGAAGGGAAUUCGUCUUUCAAAUUCCACUGCAUCUUCUCCAUCUUCAUCAACACCACCUUCAAUCUUUAAUACGAAUAGUGGAGGUAAUGACAAUAAUGAAGCUACAUCAUUUAUGCUCAAGAAUUCCCACUGGAUGCCUAUCUUUCUGGCCUCUGCAGCUAUGGCCUUGCUCAACUAGGAAGAUUGGACGACAUUUUAUCGUCACUAGCAGGCUUACUGCUUGAUGCUUCAUCUAUACUAGCGCAUUGUAUUUCAUUCAUUUGCUAUGUUCAUAUGUACUAUAUAUAUAAUAAACAUGUGAUGGUGUGUCAUUUCUGUA